AUGGAUUCGCGAGAAGCGCAGACAUGGGAGAUGAAAAAACUGAGGGAAGAAAUAAAAGAGCUAAGGGAGGAAAUAAGAGAGUGGAGAUUAGAAGAGCGCAGAGAAAGAACGGAGAACACAAGAAGAGGGGAGAAAGAAGAAGAAAAGGAGAAAAAGGAGGAUGAAGAAAAGAAGUGCAAGGGUGCAGAAAAAGAAGAAAGCAGGAGUAUGGAAAGGGUGAGAAGUGAAAGAAGAAAGAAAAGUUUAGUCUGGAAAGGAGUACAGGGAGAGAGCCUGGAGGAAAUGAUGUCAAACAUUAAUAAGAUCCUAAGAAAAGAACUGGGGGCGAGGGCAAUUAUGAAGGCCGCAAUAGAAAGAGAAGGGGAUGGGGGAAGAAAAAUAGUAAUAACUGAGCUGGAGGAAGAAGAAAAAAAGAAAGAAAUGGUCUGGAUGAGGAAUGAAAUCUGGGAAUGGUGGGGGUGGAGGUGGAUGAGGACUUUUCAAGAGAAGAAAGAAGGAUCAGAUGGCUGA